GAAUCUUGGAGCCAUUUUUAUAUCUUAAAAGAAUAUAUACCUCAAAAAGAAUAUCAUUGAUUCCACGAAAUUAGUGGGUGCCCUCAAACUACCCCUCUUAAUUUGCCUCCACCUUUUAAACCCCUUAGCCAUAUAUUUCUCUUUUCUCAGAAAUAUUAUUUACCUUUGUUAUUUUCUCUCACAUUUCCAUUUUUCUUUUAUCAUCAAUCCCAAACCCAAAUCCUUUUAUACUAAAACCUUCAAGGGUUUAUUUUAUAUCAUUCUCUUUGUAAUUUAAUCCAAGAAAAUGGACCCCGUAGAGCUACAUAGAAUUUUCCAAAUGUUUGAUCGUAAUGGAGAUGGAACUAUUACAAAAAAGGAGCUCAACGACUCGUUACAAAGCUUGGGAAUACACAUUGAGGAACAAGAACUUGUUCAUAUGAUCGAAAAAAUAGACGUAAACGGAGAUGGAUAUAUCGACGUAGAUGAAUUUGGGACAUUGUACAAGUCGAUCAUGGACGAGAAGGACGAAGAGGAAGAUAUGAGAGAAGCUUUCAACGUGUUUGAUCAAAAUGGUGAUGGAUAUAUAACGGUGGAUGAAUUGAGGUCCGUUUUGGGAUCAUUAGGAUUGAAACAAGGCAAAACAUUGGAAGAUUGUAAGAGGAUGAUCAUGAAAGUCGACGUGGAUGGUGAUGGAAUGGUUGAUUUUAAAGAAUUUAGACAAAUGAUGAAAGGCGGUGGAUUUUCAUUGACAUGAAAGUUAUUAGAGGAAAAAAGGAAAGAAAGAAAAAGAAAAGGUUAUAUAGUUGUGUAUAUAUCCUUUUUUGUAUGUGACCCUUUGAGAAGCAAUAAAUGUCAUAUUUGUUUAAUCUUGGAUCA